AUGACCACUGUGCCUGAUAUUGAUUACGUUUUGCAGUCCCAGGCCGUCAAGACCCCCACGGCCAUCUACCUGUCCGGCUCUAUCCCUCUGACCGCCGACGGCAAGUUCGUCGAGGGCACCAUCGCCGAGAAGACGAGACAGUGCAUCCUCAACCUCAAGGCCAUUGUUGAGGAGGCUGGCUCGUCCGUUGAGAAGAUCGUCAAGGUCAACAUCUUCCUUGCUGACAUGGACAACUUCGCUGAAAUGAACGGCGAGUACGAGAAGUGGUUCUCUCACAAGCCCGCCCGCAGCUGCGUUGCUGUCAAGACGCUUCCCAAGAACGUUGACGUCGAGAUCGAGGCUAUUGCUCUGCCGUAAGCUGGGGUCUCGCGCCGAAUGACAUCUGGCAGACUAAGCGUCAUUGUAGUGCUGAUACUGAAUCGCAUCCUCGCCUUUGAAUGCGAGUGAUGCUUGCUGUAGCCUUACGCCAGUUUAAACACAACGUACGCCAACUUAGGAGCACAGAGUUCAAAACCCUCUUAAGCUACUCGAUUCGAGUGAAUAUGUCUGACGUACUUUAAGUGUCGACGGUCCCUGGUUGGGGGCUGAAGCUGUUCAUGCCGUCCAUGUGAACGAAGACCGAAAGAGGGCUACUAGGACACCUGCUUGGGACAUCGCAUGCACAUUUGGAGGUCAUGUCACUGACUAUGCGGACGACGCCAGAAUUGCGUGAUGAUAGCGAAUCAACACUCAUUAGAUGCAACACAGCAAUCGUGUCAACAACG